UUGCUUAACGGUUACAUUUCCUAUAUUUCGUCCCAGGAUCCUGCGACGGACGAUGAAUUUGGGCCCUACUCCCCAAACGUUGACUCUGGUAUCCACUUAGAUUUCCAGUCAGGCCAGAGUCCCCCAACCUCCGACACAUGCUACUCCCCUCCGACAGUCCACCCGCCAGCGGCUGUGGCGGCGGCAGACGUGGACGCGACCGUCGCCACUCAACCUGCCAACUACUCCGCCACCGAACCUACAAAAGACGACCUUCUACAAUCCAUUCCGAAUCUGUUGCAGAGUGCAGAUUACAGUGAAUUCGAAUCCUACACACGAUGGUGGAAUCAGGACACAUCAGGGUCGCAUCAAAGCAAAAUCCAGAUCUACACACUCACAGACGAACAGAGCGAGGCAGCCUCACCGAACGUCCGCUCUGCCAAUGACAAUGUCUGGGUGUACUGGGAGGACAAAUGGCUUUCCUGGAAGACAGCCAACAUCAAACUUCGGCUCUUGCGUAAUCUCGGAACUGCUCUGCCACAGGCUUUAGAGUCAAAAUUGAUGGAGGUGGACCGACAAAACCCGGCCUUUGUUCUGCUCCCGGAAUGUCCGUCAACGCUGGAAGGACCUGAUCAAGAUGGAAUGCAGUUUGAAUUUGAUCAAUCUGAACGCCCUGAGAACUCCAAGUCCGUAUUUCUUCGUCCCCUUAAGGAAUCUAAUGACGAGGAAGAAUCGCGCCCGCACAUCAGAGUGCCCUUCGGCUCAAACUACCCCGGUUCCUUACCCGGAACACCGCCGUUGUCGGCCUCCCCGAGGGAGCGGGCCUACUUUUCUGACGGCCACUCACCGAAGUACUCCGACGAUGAGGCCCAUUUGGAAGAGAGGCUCAACUGGAGGCUCACGCGCCAAUGGGAAAAGGCUGGUCACACGCGCGCCUUCAAUCUCACCUCAGAGGACCUCAAACGGCUAAACCUUGUUGAUGGGACAAACGAGGCAGUGUUCACCACAACGAACAAGUAUCAGGGUACCUGCACUUGUAUUUGCCUCAUAUAUGUGUGGAAUUCAUCUGACAAGGUCGUAAUUUCCGAUAUUGAUGGCACAAUCACAAAAUCUGAUCUGCUGGGUCACGUGUUGCAUUGGGUGGGCUUUGAGUGGACCCACCUCGGAGUGAUACAACUCUACAAAAGAAUCGCCGAGAAUGGAUUUCGCCUGAUGUACGUCUCGGCUCGUUCCAUCGGACAGGCCAACCCAACACGCAACUUCCUCGAGGGACUGGAACAAGACAACGAAAAACUCCCUGCCGGACCUAUCAUCCUCUCACCAAAUUCCCUCCUCAUCACCAUUCAAAUGGAGAUCAUACAGAAGCGCCCACAAGUGCUGAAGAUUGCCAAUUUGAAGCGUUUGGGAGAGCUCUUCCGACACCAGAAUCCCGAUGCGCCUUGUCCUUUCUUCGCGGGUUUUGGGAACCGCCCGAGCGACGUGGAGACCUACCGGGCUAUCGGCAUCCCCGAUUCACGAAUCUUCAUAGUGAAUCCUGAGGGUGUUAUAGAAACGGCUUCUCGGCUCAAACUGUCCACGGGCUACACGGCUCUCUAUGAGAUGGUGGACUCUGUGUUUCCCCCCAAAUACCAGGAACUGUCAGGCAGCGUGGAGUACACGGACUACACGUUUUGGCGCGAUAAUCUUCCCAGUGAAUUUGACACCUAA